AUGCCACCACAUAUGGGUAAUUUGAAAAAUCUCUCUGUGCUGCCUAAGUUUAUUGUUGGAGAAGGCAACGGAGUUGAGAUAAAAGAGUUGAUGAAAUUGCCAGAUCUACAAGGUGGCUCAAGAAAUGAAAGAUAUGAAUUGCAAGUCCUGAACACACUGCGGCCCCAUCAAAAUCUGGAGAAGCUCUAUAUUGACGGCUAUGGUGGUACGAAAUUUUCAUUGUGGAUAGAGGAUUCUGCAUUCAUUAACAUUGUAGAGUUAAAUCUUCGAAAUUGUCAUAGAAUCACAUCUCUACCACCGCUCAGACAACUGCCCUUACUUCGGUACUUAAGGAUACAAGGAAUGGAUGAAGUAAAGACAGUGGGUGUUGAGUUUUGUGGCAAUGGAUCUCUUUUCAAGGCUUUUCCAUCAUUAGAGACUCUAUACAUAGGGAACAUGCCAGAGUGGGAGCAAUGGUCUUGGUCUAUCGGUGACCAUGAAGAGACUGCAGGAAAAUAUCCAAAUCUUCGAGAGCUUACGAUAAGCAAUUGUCCCAAGUUGAUUGGAAAAUUACCCAGGUGCCUUCUUUCUCUUGAAACACUUUGUAUAGACUGUUGUCCACGCUUAGAAGAUUUACCUGAAAUGCUUCCGGCUCUUUGUGAACUGGAUGUUGAUGAUUGUCGAGAGGUGGUUUUUAAAAGUGUGUCUGAUCUCACCUCACUCACUACCUUAAACAUUCAGGGAAUUCCAGGCCUUAUAAGUUUAGAUGACGUGCUUAUACAGGCAUUGGUAUCACUUAAACAUCUGAAGAUUGUAUGUUGUGAGGAACUGAGAUACUUGUGGAGAAACGGAACCAGUUUAAGCAAAUUGUCUUCUUUGAACAGCUUAGAAAUUUCUGGAUGCCCACAGCUAGUAUCAUUGGUGGGGGAGAAGAUGGACUUCUACCUUUCCAGUCUUGAAACUUUGCAGAUAGGAACUUGUGAUAACCUGGAGCAGCUACCACAUGAUAUGGGCGGCCUCACAUCUCUAAAGAACUUGGAGACUGAUGAUUGCAAAUCACUUGUGUCAUUGUUAAAGAGAGAGGAAGUGCUUUUACCUUGCAAUCUUGAAAAUUUGCUGAUAACGAGAUGUUGGAACCUGGAGAAGCUUCCAAAUAACCUUGGCAACCUUGCAUGUCUCAAAAAUUUUGAAAUCUAUGAUUGCCCAAAACUUGUGUCAAUUCCAGCUACAGGUUUGCCAUCUAAUCUUAAAAGUCUUAAGAUUUUUGCCUGUAAUUCUCUGGAGUACCUGCCUGAGACAUCUCAUCUUGAGAAGUUUGAAAUCUCCAAUUCUCUGGGUUACCUCACAUCUCUAAGUCCCUUUACUCCCCGCUUUCAAAACUGGGAUUCACAGAAGAGACUUGAAAUUUACAAUUGUUCGAAGCAGUUAUUAGAGUGCCUGCACGGGAAGAUUGUUCAUCUUACUUAUUUGGAAUUGAUAGACUGUCCUGCGUUGGAGUCAUUCUCUGACAGGGGAUUAUACAUCCCCACUCUUACUUCUUUUACCAUUCAGAAUUGUGAGAAUUUGAAGUUUCUGCCUAAUCAGAUGCAAAUCCUCACCUCUCUUCAGAACUUAGAGAUUAAUAACUGUGGUAUAUAUUCCUUUCCAGAAGAAGGUUUGCCCUCAAAUCUAAUCAAACUUUACAUCAAUGAUUGCAAUAAUCUGACACAACCAAUGUCAGAGUGGGGACUCCAUGCACUUACAUCUCUUAGAGAAUUUGAAAUCUAUGGUUAUUGUACAGAAGUGGUUGCUUUUCCAGAUGAUGAGGGACUGUUGCUUCCUGCUUCUCUAAUCCAUCUUUGCAUUGGAAGAUUCAAGAAUUUGAAAUCCAUAUCCAGAGGCCUUCACAAUCUAUCCUUUCUGAGAACAUUAUACAUUUCUAACUGCCCUAAACUCCGCUUCUUGCCAAAGGAAGGUUUCCCUGCCACACUUGAAGACAUAGAAAUCCGCAGCUGCCAUCUUCUGAGUAAAAGGCUAAAUCAGAAAGGAGACUGUUGGCCCCUAAUUGUCCAUAUUCCCCAUGUUGAGUUACUGGCACCAAAAAAUGUGAAGCACUCGGCGUUUCUUGCUUGUAUGUUUUUCUAUUUAUUGCUUUCUUUUUACGGAUUACUUGACCAGGAUUUUCUUAUGCUAUUGACAAAUAGGCUGUAUUUCGUGCAGAAGUUGCAAAAUGAAGUUCUGUGUCAAAGUUGUGGUCACCUGGCAAGUUUGACAUUUCUAAGCAAUGAAGACUGGCUUUAA